AUGGGAGGAGGAGAGCUACCUGGGUUUUUGGUAAAUGAAAUCGGUGGCAUACAUGGGAUAUUGCAUGGCCAUGUGGCGUUCCUGAAGAAACAUUUCUACCUCAUCACUAUGAAGGAAUUUCUUGAAAACAGAAAGCAUAUCAGUAAAAAGGUCCAAGCAAUCUAUUUGUGGUGGCACAAACCAGUCAUUGACCAAGAGCUCCUCCAGAGCCUGCCAAACUUGAAAGUGAUUGCGAAUUCAGGAGUAGGGAUGGAUCACCUGGAUCUGAAACUUAUAGCUAGCUUUGGUGUGAAGAUGGCUAAUGCUCCACGUGCUGUUUCCAGCAGCACGGCAGAUACUGGUAUGGCUUUGCUGCUGGCAGCUGCUAGAAGACUAGUGGAAGGCUAUCACAUUGCAAUUUCUUCAGGUAUGGAGUACUGCGAAGCUGAUUUUCUGGGAGUUGAAGUUACUGGAGCUACUCUGGGGAUCAUUGGCAUGGGCAGCAUUGGGUAUAAGAUUGCUCUGAGAGCCAAAGCGUUUGAAAUGAACAUUUUGUACCACAACAGGACAUGGAGGAAAGAGAAAGAGGAGCAAGCUGUCGGCACCACUUACUGCAAAAAGAUAGACAACUUGCUCCAGCGCGCAGAUUUUGUGACGGUGGUGGUGAGCCUGACACCUGAGACACACAAGCUGAUUGGGAAAAGAGAGAUGGAGCUGAUGAAACCCACAGCUACUCUUAUUAACAUCAGCCGAGGUGCAGUAGUUGACCAAGAGGCGCUGGUGACAACUCUGCAGACUGGUGUUAUCAGGGCCGCAGCUUUGGACGUCACCUACCCGGAACCACUGCCCAGAGAUCAUACGUUGUUAAAAUUAAAGAAUGUCAUAAUAACGCCUCACCUCGGCAUUAAAACAGACAAGGCCACCUACAUGAUAAUAGAGGAAGCAGUUGAAAACAUACUAGCAGCUCUUAAUGGUCUCCCCAUAUCCAGUGAAGUGCUCCCUAGCUGA